GUGCCAUGUUCGCAUUCUGGCUGCAAAGAGCAGUGCUCGGCGCACCACAUCGGCGAAGUCCGACGAAGCACACCCUAGUUCCUCCCUGGCUGGUUGACUCCCGUGCCACCGCCAGCGUGGCAAGCUGUGGGGCUGGCAUCGGCGACGACGACGUUGCGUCUCUCCUGCGCCCGAUUUCGCUCCACGCCCAUCGCUACAACAGCUCACGCUGCCUCAGCGACCCGCGCGGUACGGUCGUGCCUCCGCGAUCGUGCGCGUGCGGGCUUAAAGGCACGGUGCUGCUGCGGGGCAUGGCGCCCGUAGAGUGCUCGCCGCCGUCCGAGUGCCCGUCGCAGCUGCCUCUGCCCUACUUCUCGGUGCUCCCCGACGGCAGCGGAGAGCUUAUAACGAUCGGCACGCCUUCGCGGCUACCACUUGCCCACAUGGCAUUUGAGCUGCUUCCCGCCUCGCACGACUCGCACUGGGUGCGGCUGCGGCACGUAGCGAGCGGCUCGCUUGUGAUGAUGCAGCCGCCGGCUGCGGAGGGCGCUUGGACCCUACAGCUACACAAUGCGUCAACGCGCUCCGACCCCUGGAGCUCGCAAUUAUUCUGCUUCACCCGCGUGCAGAGGGGGGGCGGCACGCAUCUGUACUCGGCGGCGGCAGGAGGCUACGUCACGCGCCACGGCCGUGUCCUUCUGCGAGGGCACGGCCGCGUUUGCCCCCGGCAUGCAACCAGACGGCGCGGAGGAAGAACGCGCGGCCGUGCCCUCGAUGAAGGAUACAACCAGCCCACCAACGCGAUGCGAACGUGCCAGCAGCGACAGGGCCCUGGAGAGCGCACUGCGCUCAGUCGCCUCGCGCUGCUGCGUGCGCCCCCCGCGGCGUGGAGGAUGAACGCGCGGCUCUGCAACUGCCGGCGGCUUCUAUCUGCCGCCGCGCGGCACACCGCCACCACCUCGAAUAAUGAGGGCGGCGGCGGCGAGGGCGGUGGCGACGGUGGCGGUGACGAGGGCGGCGACGUUGGCGGCGGCGACGUGAGCGGAACACAUGCACAUGCGGUGCCUGCACGUCCGGCGCCGACCAAGCCUGCAACGGCGCGGCGGAUAUCGGUGGUCACAUUCGCCUCGGACGCCAACAGCGUCUUCUGUGACACGGUGUUCACGGCGGCGUUGCAAGGGCUCGACGUAACCGUCCUCGGCAUCGGCAAACCGUACCAGGGCAACUACCAAAAGCUCACUGCCGCACGCGCCCACCUCACCACGCUCGAUCCCGACCGCCUUGUUCUUUUCGUCGACGCCUACGACGUGCUGUUCGCCGCAAACGAAGUGGACAUCCUCGAGCGCUACGCCUCGCUGCACGUGCCGCCCGGUCGCGUCGUCUUUGGAGCAGAGUCAGGCUGCUUCCCCGACUGGAUGGCGCCGUUUGGCCGCUCCUUCUGCGAGGGUCGUUUUCCCAAGGAAGGUGGCGAGUACCGGUACAUCAACUCGGGCUGCUGGAUGGGGAGCGCGGCCGCUGCCUUUGCUCUGCUGACCGACCUUGCCGCCUACACUCCCGGGCGUGGCGUCGAUGACCAGCAGGUGGUGUCGCACUACUAUGUCCGCGCCGCCAGCAGUCAAUUUGUGCUCGACCGCAACGCCACUCUCAUCCAGUCCAUGCAUUUGGUCAGUGAAAAGGAUGUCACUGUCGACGCGCAGGCCCCGCGCAAUGGGAGUUCGUCCGUCACCAACAAACGCACUCGCUCCCACCCUGUUUUACUCCACUUCAACGGAGGGUCCAAGCCUCUCCAUGUGAGAUACCGACAGAGCAUCCUCCAGGCAGCUGGAAGUGGUUGCUCGAACAUUGCCGCACAGGCGUGGGUGACGAGCGGUGACGGCCGCCGGCUCGCACUGAAAGAUCUGUGCCCGGCAUUCGUCUGCCCAGCCAAAGGCUAGCGCCUCCUCCGCUCGGCGUCGACGGCUGCGGCAUGCACCGUACUCCGUAGGCUAGCGGUCAGCUGAGGACUGCCAGAGGACUGUGAUCUGUGUACGGUACGAUCGUCUGUGUAUCAUUAAUACCAUGCAUGGGGGACUGGCCACACCGUGGGUGCUGUCCGGAUGGCGCCCCCCGGAUGCCAAUGACUUGUUUUUCAUUUCAAACUAGAGGAACCACCCA